GGAGACACGCUUUUGAGCUGCCUGGCCUUUUCAUUUUUUAUUUUUUUAAAUCAUCGUUCGGUCUUGGAAUCUCUGACCUUCUACAACAUCUUCCACUUUUACUCUCGUUAUAAUAAUCCAUAUUCUGUCAAAUCCAAAUCUAAUCAAUCCAAGGCUUGUCAGUAUAAAUCGGAGCCACUUACGCGUUUAUUAAUCAUCUCUCAUUCCACCCACCAAAGAUCUCGCGAUGAUGAGAAUCGAUGAUAACUCCGACACCGAGAGCGUCCAAAGUGACAAAGCCUCCUACAGUGGCCCUCUGGCCGGACCUCCCAACAAGAAGAGAUCCGCAAGAAAGAGUGCCAGAUUCAAUAUUCCUCCAGAGACCUCCCCCCAGUUGAAGACCAGCAGCGUUACUCGCCGUGAUGAUGAUGAUGCCUACGUGGAGAUCACUCUCGACAUUCUUGAUGACUCCAUUGCUGUUCACAGCGUCCAGGCUGCUGGUGGAGCAAAGGGCGAGGAUCCGGAGCUGGCCCUGCUGGCCAAGAAGACCCUCGAGAAGAAGUCCUCCUUAGGUUCCUCCGUCUUCCGCAACACCUCCUCUAGAAUCAAACAGGUCUCUCAGGAGCUCAAACGCUUCGCUUCCCUUUCAAGGCGGCCGUCUGCUAGACAUUUUGAUAGGACAAAGUCGGCUGUGACUCAUGCCUUGAAGGGACUCAAGUUCAUCACCACCAAGGCCGGCGGUGGUGCCGCUGGGUGGCCCGCCGUUGAGAAGCGAUUCGAUGAACUCACUGCUCCCACCAACGGCCAUCUUCACUUCUCCUUGUUCUGCGAAUGCAUUGGGAUGAAGGACUCCAAGGAAUUCGCCGGUGAGCUGUUCCAUGCACUUGCCCGGAGGCAUAAUAUAACGGGAGAUUCCAUUGAUAAGGCGCAGCUCAAGGCCUUCUGGGAGCAGAUCUCCGAUCAGGGUUUCGACUCCCGCCUCCAGACUUUCUUUGACAUGGUGGAUAAAAACGCUGACGGUAGAAUCACAGAGGAAGAAGUCGGAGAGAUUAUCAGUCUCAGUGCUUCUGCCAACAAGCUCUCCAAUAUUCAGAAACAAGCAAAUGAGUAUGCAGCAUUGAUCAUGGAAGAACUGGACCCAGAUAAUGUCGGAUACAUCAUGGUUCAGAACCUGGAAACUCUGCUGUUGCAAGCACCAAAUCAAUCAGUUAGAGUAGGAGAUAGUCGGAUUCUGAGCCAGCUGUUAAGCCAGAAGCUCAAGCCCACGCAAGAGAACAACCCAUUACGGAGAUGGUACCAGAAGACCAAGUACUUCAUCAUGGAUAACUGGCAGCGGCUCUGGGUUAUGAUGUUGUGGCUUGGAAUCGUGGCAAGCCUCUUCACAUACAAGUUUGUUCAGUAUCGCCAUAAGGCUGCUUACGAGGUGAUGGGAUAUUGUGUCUGCACUGCAAAAGGAGCAGCGGAGACCCUUAAGUUCAACAUGGCACUAAUUUUACUUCCAGUCUGCCGGAACACCAUCACCUGGCUGAGAAACAAGACCAAAUUAGGCAUUGUUGUUCCCUUUGACGAUAAUCUAAACUUCCACAAGGUCAUUGCAGUAGCAAUUGCUGUAGGGGUUGCACUACACGCUGGUGCUCAUCUAACAUGUGAUUUCCCAAGACUUAUUCACGCGACAGAAGAGGCGUACGAGCCCAUGGAACCCUACUUUGGCGAGGAGCAGCCUUCCGACAUCUGGUGGUUUUUGAAAGGAGUGGAAGGGGUGACUGGUAUUAUAAUCGUGGUCUUGAUGGCCAUAGCUUUCACACUAGCCACCCCUUGGUUUAGGCGGAAUAAGCUGAAUCUCCCCGUAACCCUUAAAAAACUCUCCGGGUUCAAUGCUUUCUGGUAUUCACACCAUCUUUUUGUCAUCGUCUACGUUCUCCUGAUCGUCCAUGGCAUUUACCUUUAUCUUACCAAGGAAUGGUAUAACAAAACGACAUGGAUGUACAUUGCAGUUCCAGUGGCCCUCUAUGCAUGUGAAAGGUUGAUUAGAGCUUUUAGAUCAACCAUCAAGCCUGUUAAGAUUCUAAAGGUUGCUGUUUAUCCAGGAAAUGUGUUGACAUUGCACAUGACAAAGCCCCAGGGCUUCAAAUACAGAAGUGGACAGUACAUGUUUGUCAACUGCUCAGCGGUUUCUCCCUUCGAAUGGCACCCAUUUUCUAUCACUUCAGCACCGGGAGAUGACUAUCUAAGUGUUCACAUUCGAACUCUUGGCGACUGGACACGACAAUUGAAAACUGUUUUCUCUGAGGUUUGCCUGCCUCCAACUGGUGGGAAAAGUGGGCUGCUCAGAGCCGAUUGCUCGCAAGAAGGAGACGGUCCUAACUUUCCGAAGAUCUUGAUAGACGGUCCAUAUGGAGCACCAGCACAAGACUACAAGAAAUACGACGUGGUGUUGCUGGUUGGGCUGGGAAUAGGUGCCACCCCCAUGAUCAGCAUAGUCAAGGACAUCAUCAGCAACAUGAAGACCAAGGACCAAGAAACGGAGGACAUACAAAUAACAGUUGAGACUACCCCGGAUCAUGACAAUGGCAACAGGAAGAAGAAGAACAAGAAAACUUUCAAGACCAAGAGAGCCUACUAUUAUUGGGUAACCAGGGAACAAGGUUCAUUCGAGUGGUUCAAAGGGAUAAUGAACGAGGUUGCGGAGAUGGAUGAGAAGGGUGUUAUAGAGCUGCACAACUACUGCACAAGCGUGUUUGAAGAAGGAGACGCCAGGUCUGCUCUCAUAACCAUGCUUCAGUCCCUCCAUCACGCCAAGAACGGCGUGGACGUGGUGUCAGGGACUCGUGUAAAAUCCCACUUUGCCAAACCCAACUGGCGACAAGUCUUCAAGAAGAUCGCUAUCCAGCAUCCUGAUAGUCGAGUUGGCGUUUUCUACUGCGGGGCACCGGCACUCACUAAGGAUCUACGGCAACUAGCUUUGGACUUCUCCCACAGAACCACCACCAAGUUCGAUUUUCACAAAGAGAAUUUUUAGACAACUCCCAUUUAGUGAAAGUGAGAAGAGGCCCACCAAUGAGGUGAUGGUUGGUGGCGUAACAUGGUCACCACUCACCAUUGCCCCCAUGUGAAAUAGUAAAGAUAUCAGUUUAACUUUUUUCCCUUUUUUUUUUUUUGUUUUCUCUAAUUUUUGGGUUUCUCUUUUUUCCCUCAGUGAACCAGUGCGCUCCAACUCGGAUCCCACUCUUCAAAUGAAGUGAGUGACACCGUUGUAUGUCGCAUGCUGUACGUGUUGUUAUUAUGGCCAAGAAUCAAUUGUUGGUUUCCUUUGGAAACAGAAA